GAAUUUCCAAGAUGGAGGUUGGAGAUGGGGUGAGGUCCAGAAAUGGACUGAAAAGUGCUCCUAAACUGCAUAUUAAUGGAGUAGUAAAAGUUGCAAAUGGUACAUCUAAUGGGAAAACACCGGUUAAAACGACUUGGGGUGAUUUUACUGAAACAUUUGAAGAUACACCAUUAUGGACAGCUGUUGUCACAUAUAUUGGAUAUGGAGUACUAAUUGUUUUUGGACAUUUAAGGGAUUUUAUGCGCCGAUAUGGUCUAGAGAAAAUUCACUCUGUAAAAGAACCUAUUAUUGAGGGCUUUGUACCUCUGUAUCAAAGUUUUGAAAGUUUUUACACACGGAAUCUCUAUACAAGAAUACGUGACUGUUGGAACCGACCAAUAGGAAGCGUACCCGGUGCCGAGUUUGAUCUCCUGGAAAGAACAACUGAAGAUUACGGAGUGAGCUUUAAAUACUCUGGGGACAAGAUACGUGCCCUUAACUUUGGUUCAUAUAACUAUCUUGGCUUUGCCCAGAAUGAGGGACCAUGUGCAGAUGCUUCACAAUCUACCACAGAAAAACUGGGUGUGGGUGUUGCCAGUGCCAGGCAAGAAUUUGGCACCAUGGCGAUACACCAUGAACUGGAAGAGUUAGUUGCUGAUUUCUUUGGAGUUGAAUCUGCCAUAACAUUUGGUAUGGGCUUUGCAACCAACUCAAUGAACAUGCCAUCUCUUGUUGGAAAGGGUUGUUUAAUCGUCAGUGAUGAACUGAACCAUGCUUCAUUGGUCCUUGGGGCCAGACUUUCCAAAUCAUCCAUCAAAACAUACAAACAUAACGAUAUGGUUAGUUUAGAGAAGUGUCUGCAAGAUGCUGUGGUAUAUGGGCAACCUAAGACACACAGGCCCUGGAAGAAGAUACUGAUAGUAGUGGAGGGAAUAUACAGUAUGGAAGGGUCCAUAGUGCGACUGCCAGAUGUGAUCAGACUAAAGAAGAAGUACAAAGCCUACCUGUAUCUAGAUGAGGCCCAUAGUAUUGGUGCACUUGGACCCCAGGGGAGAGGAGUUGUGGAUUACUUUGGUUGUGACCCCCUAGAUGUGGAUAUCCUCAUGGGGACAUUCACAAAGAGCUUUGGAGCUGCGGGUGGAUACAUUGCAGGCUCUAAGAAACUAAUUGAUCACCUGCGCUGCUACUCUCACAGCGCCACCUAUGCUACAAGUAUGCCCCCACCUGUAUGCCAGCAGAUCAUCUCAUCAUUGAAGAUUAUCGCAGGCUUAGAUGGUACAGGAGAAGGUCGUAAAAGAAUCCGUCAACUAGCUUGGAAUACCAGGUAUUUCAGGAGGCGCCUUCAUGAAAUGGGUUUCAUUAUUUAUGGAAAUAAGGACUCUCCAGUGGUCCCUGUGAUGAUCUUCAUGCCUGCCAAAAUUGCCUGUUUUGGAAGAGAAUGCUUGAAGCGUGGCCUGGGUACUGUAGUGGUUGGUUUCCCAGCGACACCUAUAAUAGAAUCUAGGGCGAGAUUCUGUCUCUCUGCAGCACACAGCAAAGACAUGCUAGACAAGGCCCUAAGUAUCAUAGAUGAAGUGGGAACAUUACUACACAUGAAGUAUUCCAGAAGACCCCCACCCAAUAUCAGUGAAAAUGACCUGUACCUAGACUUCAAUCAACACAGGGAUGAUAGUGAAGAGAAUGGAGUAGUUGCCUAG